UGUUUCUUUAUUUCGUUUCUGAAUGUUUGAAAUGAAUUUGAAUUAAUUCUCUUUUUAUUCCACAUACUUCAUGUCAAGCCCAAAAAGGUACUGUGAACUUUAUGCCCAAUGAAUGGCGCGGUCACCUUUAAUGGCGGGUUCUUGGAUUGUAUCAACAACAGAUUUUGAGUCUUUCAUCUCCAUCGUCAUGUUAGGCCUUAAAGCCGUCGAUCUGAUCCGCGAGGCUGCUCGCUCUCAAGGCCAGCUCCAACCUUUCAACGAGGACAAGGUGCGACAAGUCUUAGAAGAGAUGCGAUCGUUGUUCCAGCAAAAUAAGAAAGAAGUCGAAGAGCGCCACUCCAUCAGUCCGGCCAUUCAUUUACGACAUAGUGGCCUCGAACGGAACAAACGUUGUCUAUUAGCCUACAUAAACGACCGAGCUGAGAAGAUUCGCGAACUCCGUUGGCAAUUCGGAGCCGUUCUGCCGCCCGAGGUCAAAUCCAAUUUAUGCGAACCCGAGCAACAAUUCUUCCAAAAGUACAAUAGAGAAUUAGCCAAUUACAUGCGCUCCAUCGGUGACGGAGUGGGUUUGGAUCUCAUGGCAGAUCUCCAGCCCCCCAAAACUCUGUUUAUUGAGGUGAGAUGCGUGCAAGACUAUGGCGAAUUGGAAACGGAAGAGGGCGAGAUCAUUUUGCUCAAAAAAAACACGCAACACUUCUUGCCACGAUCCCUAUGUGAGCCCCUGAUUCGACAAGGCAUCUUGACCCACAUAACAUGAAAUUUAGAAGCUUUUAUAUAUUUAUAUUAAACAAGAUAAUAACACAAUAUGUUCAAUUCGA